UCAUGCACGGCCAAAAGUGUGAAAAUCCAACAAAAGUCAUUAGAAUGUGAUAUACACACACAUGUAUACAGAGGCAUGUGCUCCAAGCCAUUCAUCACAUGUAUGCAUGUAUGUAUAUACAUGCAUAUGUACAUAUAUAUGUACAACGUGAGGCCUCUGAGCACGCAAUAUAAAUAAAUGCUGGGAAAAUGGCAUAGGGCCUGCGUUCGCAAACACCAACACACAUGUACGCAUAACAUUUGAUAAAUUCAAUUUCGAUAUAGUCGCCGGUUGCAUCGGAUCGGGAGAGAGAGCGAGAUAAAGAGAUAGUGUGAGUGAGCGAGAAGGAGAAGCAAACCCCCUGCGAGAACAGUUACAAGCAAGUGAUGAGCGCGUGAUAAUAAUAAUUUCAAUAUAAAAUUUAUACUGGAUAAUAUAUCAUUUAAAACAUCUUAGAUCGCCGACUUGAUUUUUUUAGAUAUAGAAAAAAAAGAAAAAGUUCAAAGGAAAUUCUUAAUUUUAAACAAAAAACUUAAACUUACUUAACACACUAAACCAAUUAUACUAAAUAACCUCCAAAAAGUUCGUGUCACGCAAAAAACGCACGUCACGCGUCUACCUCUAAGUAAUGACAGGCGACAACAACAAAGAGGAGACGACGCCGGCAGAGGAAACAGCAGCGCAGCUUUUUAACCUUAGCAGCCUUAACACUUUUUUUUAAUAUCAUUCAAUCCCCAAACGCCGCUCACCUCACACUUAUACCUUCACCUCAGCCGACCGGUGCGCUCGCCUCAUUUUUUGUUUUUAUUAGUUAUCGAAUAAAUAUUAGCCGCAACGCAAAAGGUGAAUCGCUGCGUAGGAAAUAAAAGCUUUAAAUCACAUGUGAUCCACGCCGCCGGCGAUUCGCGUGAGCGUUUGUGAGUGAGUGACCCAUUUUGGCUUGGCAUCGCCGGUAGCUGCUGUGUUCCUCUUGUAUCUGAAUUCUCACGCCCACGCCGACGGACAAAGAGGCUGAACAAGAUCCAAAUCAUUGGCAGACCGGGCUAAAAAUGAGCAGCAUCACGUUUUUGUGCAGCAAGUCGGCCCACAACAAUAAUAAUAACAACAACAGCAGCAAUGAUGUGCCAAAGGGGGCAAAAGCGGCUUCAGCAUUUGCAGCCGCAUCCGCCGGUUUAUUAACCAUCGCCACCCACCAACAACAGCAUCAGCAGCAGCAGCAACAACAACAGCAGUCAAAGGUUAAGGCUAUAGCAGCCAAAACCAAUGGUCACAUCGAUGACCGUUCGGAUGUCACUGAGCAACUCUACGUGGAUCCAUACGCCGACCUCGGCAAUGGACUUCCCGGAGAUCUUAACUGUUGCCCGGCCUCGCCCACCACAGUGCCUGCGAAAGCAUCUAUGGAGUCGCCUCUAAAGCGUUCCGGAAGAAGGCAGCGAACCACAUCUAUUGGCAACCAGACAACCACCGCGAAUCCGUCCGAAUGCAUCAUACGCGCAAAUAAUCGCACGAUCUACACGGCCGGACGACCGCCGUGGUACAAUUGUGCCGGUCAACAGGUUGAACCUUUUGUCAUAGGAAUCUGCGGAGGAAGUGCCUCUGGUAAAACCACAGUUGCUGAGAAAAUAAUUGAAAGCCUGGAUGUUCCCUGGGUUACACUAUUAUCCAUGGACUGCUUCUACAAGAUUUUAAAUGAAAAGCAGCAUGAACAGGCCCUUAUCAACGAAUACAACUUCGAUCACCCGGAUGCCUUUGACAUUGAGCUGCUGCUGGAUGUUCUGACCAAACUGAAGGAGGGUCGUAAGGUUGAGGUUCCGGUUUACAAUUUUGUGACACAUGGUCGGGAAAGCCAAACAAAGACAAUGUAUGGAGCCAAUGUGAUCAUCUUCGAGGGCAUUCUUACCUUCCAUAGUCCUGAAGUACUUAAACUGCUGGAUAUGAAGAUCUUUGUGGACACAGAUCCGGAUAUUCGUCUUGCCAGGCGCUUAAAAAGGGAUAUCUCACAGCGCGGACGGGACCUGAAGGGCGUGCUGAAACAAUACCUGAAUAUGGUGAAGCCCUCCUAUUGCAAUUACAUUGCUCCAACAAUGGCACAUGCGGACAUAAUUGUCCCUCGAGGAGGUGAGAACAAGGUGGCUAUCCAUCUCAUCGUCCAGCACGUGCACACACAACUCCAGCUGCGCGGAUUUAAGUUGCGCGAAACUUUGGCUAACUCCUACAAGGACCAGCCUAUGCCACAUUCUCUGCACUUGCUGCAUCCCACUCCCCAGAUUAAGGGUCUGCAUACUUUUAUCCGCUGCCGAAAUACAUCCCGCGAUGAGUUUAUAUUUUACUCGAAGCGACUAAUUCGGCUAGUCAUCGAGUAUGCCCUAAGUCUAUUUCCUUUUAAGAAAACUACUGUAGAAACGCCUCAGGGUGUUCUUUACGAGGGUAAGCGAAUGGAAUCCCGAAAAAUUUGCGGCGUAUCCAUUCUUCGAGCAGGUGAGACCAUGGAGCAAGCCGUAUGUGAUGUGUGCAAGGACAUUCGCAUCGGGAAGAUCCUCAUUCAGACCAAUCUUAAGACCGGCGAGCCGGAGCUUUAUUACCUGAGGCUGCCCAAAGACAUAAAAGACUACAAGGUGAUACUAAUGGAUGCUACCGUGGCCACAGGAGCAGCGGCUAUGAUGGCCAUUCGGGUGCUGCUGGAUCACGAUGUGCCAGAAGAAAACAUUAUCCUAGCAUCGCUGCUGAUGGCCGAGAUCGGUGUGCACUCCAUUGCCUAUGCCUUUCCUAAGGUUAAAAUUGUUACUUCCGCUCUGGAUCCAGAGAUUAAUAGUAAGUUUUAUGUUAUACCCGGCAUUGGUAACUUUGGCGAUCGCUAUUUUGGUACGGAACCCUCCGAUGAAUAUUAAGGCGAUCCGGAUCAAUCCACAUCCACUACCAUCAAGUUUCUAAUGUACCUUAGGUUAAGUUCAAAGCGUUACUUAAAUUAUGAAUUCGGAA